GUAUAUUCGAUUGCACGUACAAACGCCACCUGUACAGACCUAGGAACGGACUGUCGCAUUUGUUAAUUACAGCUGGAAACGGACCUUCAUGAUGACAAUGGACCCGUUGAAAUCGGCCAUGUCCAUCGGAAAUGUGGAUGAGACAUCUCUUGCUUUGCCAUCCGAUAAAAAACUUCGGUCCAAACAGCAGCGAGUCUUGGAUCAGGUGCAAACCAUCAAGAGGGGCAAGUCGAAGUACAGUAAAUAUGGAUCUGUGUCGUCGCCAACGACAUCCCCAACGAGUCCUGUGUACAUCAACAUAUUCGCUGACUCCUUUAAGUCACCUACCAGUCUUAAUGGAGGUGCCUUCUUUAAUGGUACAAAUGGCCUCUCAAAAACGCUCAGCUAUGAGAAAAGCACCAAGCGAAGGGUCGUGGCCUCCAAGGAAUCUACGGUCCAGAGGAACAUGAGCAGCUCCAGCCAGUGGGAGAGACGAUUCCCUCUCAGCCCCACCAUAGGCAAGCACAACAGCAGCCGCAGUGUGCCUGACCUGGCCCCCUUCCGCACCACUACUAGUACCACCACCACCAUGCAGCAGCAGCUACUGCAGUCCUCGGCCCCCGCCCGGCAGCUCCAGCCCAACAGGUCCAGCUUCUUCCUGACCGAGAGGAACAGCAGUCAGGUCAUCUCCAAUGGCAACAGCUCCUCUCAGGUCGCUGUCAAAGGCAACGAGGUGCAGAAAAGGAACAGCCAGUUGAUUGGCACGCGUCAGACGAAAAGUAGUGGCCAGAUUACCAGCAGCCAAGGUCGUAUUGAGAGGGCACCCUCAAACCUCUCUGUGGCUGAGUCCAAGAUAUCAGGGAUCAAGAUCAAGGGUGAAGCGGGGAUUAAUGGUAAUGGUCAGAUAGCUGAUAUAACCAUGAAGGAGGCGGUGGAGUACCUGUCCAGUGGAGAUGAGAACUACCAGCUCUGUGGAGCCUCCUUCAUCCAACACGCUACCUACUCAGAGGACAAGGCCAAGCAGGAGGUGUUGCGGCUCAAAGGGAUCCCCCCUUUGGUGAACCUGCUUAGGUGUCCCAGUCCCCAGGUCCAACAGACUGCCUCCGCCGCCCUGCGGAACUUGGCCUUUAAAGAUGCAGGCAACAAGGAGGAGGUCCAGCGCUGUGGGGGCAUCACUGAGGCACUGGCCCUGCUCCGAGACACAGACUCUACCGAGACACAGAAACAACUCACAGGUCUCCUUUGGAACCUGUCAUCUGCAGACAGUCUGAAGCCAGAGCUGGUGCGUAGUGCUCUGCCUGUCCUGACUGAGACUGUGGUAGUACCAUACACUGGAGAUGAGACAAACAACAACCAAGACCCAGAGGUCUUCUACCAUGCUACGGCAUGUCUACGAAACCUGAGCUGUGCGACUCAAGGCAACAGGCAGGCCAUGCGUAACUGUCGAGGCCUCGUCGACUCUCUGGUCAGUUAUGUCCAGCGUUGUGUGGCUGCAGAGAGGCCAGAUGACAAGUCUGUGGAAAAUUGUGUGUGUGUCUUGCACAACCUGAGCUUCCAGCUGGAGAGUGAAGCCCCGGCCCUCUUCAGCAGGAUCAAUGCCCUGGCCAGGACCCCCAGCAGGGCCAACGCCCCCAGUGAGACCGGCCCCAUUGGGUGCUUCAGCCCACAGAGCAGCAAGGUCCAGGACCAGGAGAGUCACUUUGACUACCCUGUGAUGGAGGAGCAGAACCCUAAAGGAGCAGGCUGGCUCUUCCACUCCAAGACCAUGCAGAGUUACCUGUCUCUGCUGGGGUCCAGCCAGAGAGAAGAGACCCUGGAGGCCUGCUCUGGAGCCCUGCAGAACCUCACUGCUUACCAUGGCAUUGUGUCUAGUGUGAUAAGCCAGAGCAUCGUGCAGAAGCUGAACGGCCUGCCUCACAUCUCUCCCUUGUUGCAGUCCUCCAACCCCAGCCUCCAGAAAACUGCUGUGUCUCUGGUAGGGAACCUGGCCAAGAACCAACGCCUUCAGAGCACCAUGGCCCGACAGACCCUACCAGAGCUAGUUGGCAUCCUCAGCUCAUGGACCAAGGAAGAGACAGAGUGUGAUGACACCCUGGCCAUGGCGUGCCAAACCAGCCACAGUCUGCUGAUGAAGGAGCCCGAGCUGGGGAAACCCCUGCUGACCAACAAGCUGGUCAACUCAGUUAACGACCUGAGCAAGAACAGGGAUUUCCCAAAGGCCAGCAAAGCUGCAGGCGUGCUCCUCUACAGCCUCUGGUCAGAGAAAGACGUACAGAGUUUCCUAAAAAAGCAAGGGAUGAAUAAGGGUUCCUUUGUGAACGACAUCACCAGUGCGGCUCACCGGUCUGUGCAGGUCAUUGAGUAACAAGACAACUGGCAUGGAUCUCUUGGCACAACCUCCGGAUGUACUAAUGGACUUGUGGGCCUAUAAACCUACUACGGUACAUAUCAGAUUGGGUCCAGUUAAUCUGAUUACGACAUUUUUACGUUCGAUUUUAAAACAAUUUAUAGCUAAUCAGAAUGCCUAUCCAUUAUGUUUAGUCGUGUCAUUCAUCUUACGUCAGUACCAAGGUUUGAUCUUGCACUUCUAUUUCUGUUAUUUUCUAGGCUCUUUUGUGUUUACUAGAAAUCAUGUGUUUCUGUUUUCCCACUGUAAACAUGAUGAUUUUGUAUUGAUAAUGUGUUGUUACUGGGAUUGCUUGAAUAGGGCCCCUUUUCUUGCAUGGCAAUUAUAGUUGAUUGCGUAUUUUUCUAGCCAGGAUAGUCCACUCAGUAACAAUUGCCACUGUUUGUCAGGUAGUCCUGAGGGUAUACUACAAAGCAGGAUCAAGGAGUUAGCCAGCUAACUUGCCUGAAUAUAUGAGAGAGAGAGAGAGAGAGAGAGAGAGAGAGAGAGAGAGAGAGAGAGAGAGAGAGAGAGAGAGAGAGAGAGAGAGAGAGAGAGAGAGAGAGAGAGAGAGAGAGAGAGAGAGAGAGAGAGAGAGAGAGAGAGAGAGAGAGAGAGAGAGAGAGAGAGAGAGAGAGAGAGAGAGAGAGAGAGAGAGAGAGAGAGAGAGAGAUUUGAAAUGGGCAUGGUCAAAUUAAUUAAUCGAAUGAAACAUAUCUAAGUUUAGCUUUUUAAUUAACCAGAUAAUCAAUAGUUAUUUCUGGUUGCUUAUCAAGGUUAGCUGGCCAACUAAUUGAUCCACCAUGCCACUCUGGGUUCCACAGAAUCUAAAAAAUGAUAUAUAGAAAAACAUACACAUCACAAAAUGGACAUAUUGUGAUCUCACCGAUGUUCAACCUUGUGUAGCUACUGUGCUCCUCCAUAUGGUACAUUCAUACUUUGAUGUUUUUGUCCAUCACUGCAUGGUUUAGAUUUUUUUUUGUCACUUGACAUUUUAGUCACUAGCUAGGUUACCAUCCAAUUGGCGUCAGAUUUUCAUGCAAAUAUUCCAAAAAUCUGCAUAAAAACAAUAGGCACAUUUUCCAACCAGAAAUGUGUUUCCCUCAAAUUGACUUGUCGCAGAUAAAAGGCUGUGCGUGAUGACGUAGUGCACAUAAAAAUAUUGUUUUGCUUUAAAUUCCCAUGUACCUAAUAAAAAUACAAGUUAAAUGGUUUUCCAUUGCAUUUUGAAAUCUA